UGGCACAGAUGUUCGUUUGUUUGGCGUGUGUUUAUAGUAUUUUUGACAUAUGGCACAAGAAAAGGAGUUUGUUUGGUGAUGAACCCAUAGAUGGGUAACAAAGUUUAUAUCGUGGCAAAUUCAUAUCCAGAGACAAAAACCAUGAUUUUAAUCCGUCACUGCUGAAGGAAACGCAUAUAUUUCAACCACAAGUUGGUGCUGGAAGAAUUACCACAAUGCUUUCAGUUUUUAAGAGAUUGGCUGGUAAGUCAGAGAAUGGGCCACCAAAUUGCCGACCCGGUCACCAAGCUAUGUCACAUAGCUUACAAAGGAAGUUUGCUAAAGGCGUGCAGUAUAAUAUGAAAAUCAUAAUCAAGGGUGACAGAAAUGUUGGCAAAACAUGCCUUUUCAAACGACUUCAAGGCCUUAAAUUUGUUGAGGAAUAUAUCCCUACAGAAGAAAUUCAGGUUGCUUGCAUUCAGUGGAGCUACAAAGCAACAGAUGAUGUUGUGAAAGUAGAAGUUUGGGAUGUUGUAGACAAAGGGAAAAAGAAGACUAGAUUUGAUGGUUUGAAAUUGGAUAAUGCUCAGUUAGAGGUUCCAGAAGAGCCUGCAUUAGAUGCAGAGUUUCUUGAUGUUUACAAAGGAACUAAUGGAGUGAUCAUGUUGAUGGAUAUAACAAAAAGUUGGACUUUUGAUUAUGUUCAGAGGGAGCUGCCUAAAGUGCCAAACCAUAUUCCUGUUCUGGUUUUAGCCAACCAUUGUGAUAUGGCUCAUCAUCGCACAGUCACACCAGAUCAUAUAGCAUACUAUAUUGAAGAAUUUAAAAGGCCUGCUGGUUCAGCUCAAAUACGGUAUGCGGAGUCCUCUAUGAGAAAUGGAUUUGGCCUCAAACUACUACAUAAGUUCCUAAAUCUACCCUUUCUCCAGUUACAACAUGAAACAUUACUGGCCCAGCUUGCCACAAAUGAAGAAGAAACAAAACUAACCAGUCAGGAAUUAGAUUUAUUUCUUGAAAGUGAUGAAGCAGACUACAACAAGUUUUUAGAUAACCUUGUAAACAAGAGACGACAAGUAGCAGAUUCUGCGUCAUCUGUUCCCACUCCUCAGACAACUCAACAGGUAUCACAACAGCCAACAGCCUCUACUGCUGAUACUCCAUCUGUGAAACGCAGUAAUUCUGUUCCUGUUCCUGUUGCUGUUCCUGUUCCUGUUGGAGGUGGCAUUCCUAUACCAGAUCAAACAGCUGGCUAUGUUUAUAAAAUGUUUGGGAAACCUAAAGAAACAAUUGAAGAAUCUACUGGUGUGGAGAACAUGCAGCAACCUAGUUCAGAAGAAAAGAUUGAAACUCCCUCCAAAAAUCCUAGCACACCAGAAGUGAUAACAAGUGUUGAUGAGUUUGUGCCUGAUGGAGGACAGAUAGACAAUUCAUUUCUUGAAGACAGUCCUGUCACAUGUGCAUCUCCUGUACACAAGGAGGAAGAUACAGACAGUGAUGUGGACAAUACAAAUCCUCUUGUCACAAGGUUUCAAGAUGAACUUGACCCAGAAGAUGAGGUGACCAACAGCUUUAAUGCAAAAGAUGAUCAUUAUAUAAUUUCCUCCAAUAAAUUAUACAGUGACAAGCAGGACACAAUGGAUAACACAGAAUUUAACAUUAUGUCAGAGAAGUUUGAUUCGCUUUUAAACAUUGAGAAGAAGUCACAAAGUAUGCAAGAAAGCAAAGAUGAAUUUGGCCUGGGUGCUCAGAACUGGAAGAUCAAUUCUAAUACUUAUUCAAAUAUAAAUUUACAUUUGCUAGGACCUUUACAGACACCUGACAGCUCCACAGCAUCCAGUCCUGUCACUAUGAAGGACCACAGAAGAGAGAAAGUUAAGGGUGAUGAAAAAAAUGUCAAAAAACACAAGAAAAAACUAAACAAGGAUAAAGAACAGAAUGAGGAUAAAAAGAAGAAAAAGAAAUCUAGUAGGAAGCCCCAUCUUCUUGAAAAUAACAGGGAUGAGCUUGAAGAGUUCUUGAAUGGUACUGGUGUAAUACCAGUUGAUGCAGCGUAUGAGGCCAUCUAGCACUUGUCGUCUGUUAUCAGUGAACUACAGAGGAGAAUCUGAUGAGGAUCACCUUGCUACAGUGUCCCUGUCGUGGAUUGUUCUCUCUGUGGUAUGGGCCAACACAGCCCCAGAAACUGACUUACAAAGUGCUGAAAACAGUGACAGCGUGUUACUCAGGACAUUAUCAUUUUUCUUUUUUCACCUUUUCCUUUUUCCCAUCCUUCCUGCACCCAUCUCUCCCAACUCAUUGUUUUGUUUACCUCUCCCCUCCCCUAUAAUACAUAUCUUGCUAUUCUUUUUCUGCCCUUCUACAUUCUUGUGCCCCAUCCUCCUCCUCCUCCUCCUCCUCCUCCUCCUCCUCCUCACUACCUUGACCUCCAGUGCCCUCCAUAGUGCCAAGCUGACUAGUGCCUGAGUUGUGGAAGUUGUUGUUUGCUUUCCUGCGGUGUUUGCCGGAUCUUCCCUGCCGUGUUUGCUGGAUACUCCCCUUAACUAUGCCAUUGUAGGCAUCCCACUACACAUUUGUGAGUAGUAUUAUGUGAACACAGCAAAAACCGUGCGUUCCUACACACAUGCAGUUACUGGACUGGCCAUCUGUUGCCUUUGGUGAUUUGUGUCAUUGCUUAUGAGAUUGCUACCGCUUGCCUUCCAAAUGGUUGCAUUUGCACUUAUCUGCUCACCCCAAUGGCAGAUAGUGCUCAGCAGUGUUGUGUCUCCUAUUUGACAUGGUCUAGCUAUACUAGCACUAAUUAAAGUUGUGCUGUAUUUGAGUGCUGAAGUGGGAACUGUGCAAAGGCUAGCACUGUGCAGGGCCCUGCCCCACACUCCCUGGAUCUCCAGUCACUUCUGCGUCUACCAGAAGUUGCUGUACUAAUAAUUUGCAGAUGAACUGUAUAUAAUUUUGUGUCAAAUAUAUAAAUGUUGAGUAUGUAGUGCGAUACCAUGUACAAUGUGUGUUUGAGUGAAAGAGUCAAUUACAUACAAAUUGUUGUUGUAUGUUCAUCAGUUUCAUUUGUUUAUAAUUUUUUAUACUGCUUACAUUUAGUCAAUAUCAUAUGUAAAUUUCAUAAUGUAGAUUGAAUGAAACAGAAGUGUGCUUCUCAAUAUUCAAUGUAUAACAUAUUUUUGAAAAUAAUGUUACAAUAAAAUUGUGAUUUUUAUGAAUAUUUAGUUAUUUGUAAUAACUACAUGAAGCUAACUGUAUUUAAUUGAUGUAAUAUGUGUUACAAAUUUCUACUGCAAAAUAUGAAUCAAAAUGUUUGUUGUUUUUAGAGACAUUUGACAACUAACUCCUUAUAACAAACACUUUAUCUUUCUUAUUUAUUGGCUAUAUUAGUUUCAAUAGUUUCUAUAUCAUAACAUUCAGAAUUUUACAACUUACUGUUCUGAAAAUGUCAUUUACUAGUUGAAAUGUCUGAAAAUCUCUAUAAGUUUGUAUCCCCAGUUUGAAGUUCAUAUGUCUAAGAAAUGUUUUAUGGUUACAAGUAACUGAAAAUAACAUCAGAAUAAGACAGAAUGAGUUCAGGCUAAACAUGCUGCAAUUGUGGUUGUAGAAACUGCUUUACAAGAAGACGUCAUUUUGUGUUUUAACUAGAUAUGGUGGGCGGCAAGAGUAUUGCAACUUGUCUGUAAUGUUACUUCACGUUUUUUUAGUUCAUAUGGGCUUAUGUAAGCCUUUCAGCAUACAUCCAUUGUUUUAAUAAGCUUUAAUCACCCAAAGAUCAUGGCCAUGGUGCAGGCAGUAAAAAUAUCGUUCUUUUGUGAUUUAUGAACAUGAUUUUUGUCAGUGAGGACAAUCUGAAACUUCAUUGAUUCCUUUUAGUUUGCUAUUGUUAUCAUAUAGACAUAAUUUCUGAAUUGGACCUAACAAAGAUUGAAUAUCACAAUAUUAAUGUACAGAAAUAUUCAUAACUAACCUCAGUUGAUUUUUAUGCUAAUGUAAUGUCCUAAAUGGAAUAUAAAUGUUACCAUUACACA